AUGAAAUCACUCUUUCAUCAUGAAGUAAUUUGUUGGUGUUCUUUCAUAGCCAUCCUCUUACAACACGUUUCUUCUGUGAAUCUACCAAACAAUGAAACAGUGCCAGCAGUUUUUGUGUUUGGUGACUCUUUAGUUGAUCCAGGAAACAACAACUAUGUCACCACUAUUGUCAAAUGUAAUUUUCCACCAUAUGGUAGAGAUUUUCAAGGAGGAAAUCCAACUGGUAGAUUCAGCAAUGGUGUAGUCCCAUCAGACAUCAUUGCUGAAAAAUUUGAAGUCAAGAAGAUUUUACCUGCCUAUCUUGAUCCUAAUUUGCAACUUCAUGAUCUCCUCACUGGUGUAAGCUUUGCCUCAGGUGGUGCUGGAUAUGAUCCUCUAACCUCCAAAAUAAUGUCUGUGAAGUCAUUAUCAGAUCAAUUAGAAUGGUUCAAGGAAUACAAGAAGAAGAUGGAGGAAGCAGUUGGAAAAAAGAAUAUGACAUUGAUAAUAUCAAAGAGCAUAUACAUAGUAUGUAUAGGAAGUGAUGACAUUGCUAAUACUUAUACUCAAACACCAUUCAGGCGCGUCCAAUAUGAUAUUCCAGCAUACACGGAUUUCAUGGCUUCUGAAGCCUCAAAAUUCUUACAAGAACUAUAUGGAGAAGGAGGUAGAAGGAUUGGAGUAUUCAAUAUACCCGUUAUAGGGUGUGUCCCUUCACAAAGAACACUCAAUGGAGGCAUUUUUAGAGAAUGUUCAAACACUUCUAAUAAUGCAGCAAAACUCUUCAACAAUAAGCUCUACUUGAGAAUGAAAAAACUUGAGAGAAACUAUUCAGAUGCUAAAUUUGUGUAUCUUGAUUGUUACAAUCCAUUCUUGGAGAUCAUUCAAAAUCCUUCUAAGUAUGGUUUCAAUGAGACAGAAAAAGGAUGCUGUGGUACAGGGAAUAUAGAAGUUGGAAUAUUGUGCAAUCGUUUCAGCAUAAACACAUGUUCAAAUCCUUCAGAUUAUGUGUUUUGGGAUAGUUAUCAUCCUACUGAGAAGGCUUAUUAUGCACUUAGUGCACUUGUGCUUGAUAACAAAAUCAAGGACUUUUUCUAA